AUGGAUGACGUGUAUAAAUUUUAUAACAACAAUGCAUCAUCAAAGAUACAAAUAAAAGAAUAUUUUGAUGAAUACUUAAAUAUGAUAAGAUAUGCCGAUUGUUUUAUGUCUAUGAAAAAAGAUACUGCUGAUAUUAUAUCACUAAUGGGAGUAGAACUUGAGGACGAAGAAAUGUCCAUGUUGAUGAAUUAUUGCAGCAUUGACAAUUUAACAGUAAACGGGGAAUUUCCAAAACUACUUAAUACCAGAAAAAUGAGAAAGAAAGAAACAUUUGAUCCUCAGGAACCGGUAGAUGUACCCUUGAAAACAAUUCAACAUUUAAGAAAAAGAUUUAAUCGAGAUACUAGACAAAUUUCUUAUAAGUAUCAAAGUGAAUUAUUUAUAGAUACUGAAAAAACAAAAGAAAUAAGUGGACCACAAGUUACACCUGGUAGAGAUAUUCUUAUUUCUAUUAGAAUUUAUCAUCCUUUCAUGCAACGUACAAAGAAUGUACCCAAGAGAGAAUGUGGCUCAAAAUUAAGAUUAAAUAAUAUACUUGGUAUAUUAGGUUCUCAGACACUUGCUGAUUUACGAGAUAAAAUAUCAUGUAUGUCUGAUUACACUGUUUCUAGGGAAUGUAGUGAAAAUUUGAAUAAUGCAGUAGGACCUAUGGCAAAGGAUGUAUAUAAAUCAGGAUUCUUUUUUAUUGAAGACACCUUUUAUAAUGAUACGAGAUGCCCAGCAAAUGUUGAUUAUAGUAAAGUGAUUAUUGAUUGGGCACAGAGACGGUCAAACUUGGGACCUUUUAAAACUGCUGUAAUGGAAGAUUGCCGAAUAGAUUCCUUGCACUUGAGAUUUGGAUAUCCAUGGGUGUACAAGCACCAAGGUGGUUGUGAACAUUUGAUUGUUUUUAGCGAUGCUAGGUUGAUUAAUUCUGAUGAUGAUUUAGCUGUAUCUGUAUAUCCCAAGGUGCUCAGAUUAAGACCUAUGACUUCUAAAUUUUGUAUGAUAUGUGGUAUAUACAAUGCACAAUGGAUUACAAUGGAUCACGAAAGAAUACCACAUAAUCCUUGUUAUUUUUGUGAUACGUGUUUCAAAUCAUAUAAUUACAUUGAUGGUAAAAAGAUAGGAAAUUUUAAAGCAUACCCAUAUCCGCGUAAUAUGGAGGCUGUAAAGGGAAAAAUAGAUGUAUAAAUAUGUUUCAUUUUUAUUAUAAAUUUAAUUUUUUAUAUAAAAAUAAAUUAUUAUAUUGCCGUUUUUAUAGAA